GAUCCUACUUAGCCAAUAUCAUAAAUGGAAGAGUCAAUUCGCUUAUUAUUAAUAAGCUAAAAAAUAUUUUUUUCCAUAAAUACCCUCCAAAAAACUUCAACCAAAAGAUAAAAAAAAUCCUAGAAAAACAUCAAUGUCUCCUAUUACUCUUACCUGUUUGGUCCAAUGCGAAAAUCCUAAUCCAAAAAACAUUUUCAAAGUUAAGAUUGAAAAAAACAAGUCUAUUAAAGAACUCAAGAAAGAAAUUAAGAAGAAAAAACACAAUAACUUUGUGAACUUGUCCGCUAAUGAAAUUCAGUUAUGGAAGGUUAACAUUCCUUUUGAAAAACCAAAUGACAAGUUAAACAUUCUCAAUGCUCAACUUUAUGCCAGUAUCAAGGAAGAACUUGAAGGUGAAGAGUUGGAUGGAGAAAAGAAUAUUUCUGAAUAUUUUCCCUACGAACUUGGGAACGAACAUAUUAAUAUUAUAGUACAACGUGAAAGAAUAAAUGUAGCUUUUUUUGGACUUACUGGACAUGGCAAGUCUUCUAUCGCUAACAUGUUGAUUCAAGGAGAUAUUCAUCAAAAUAACGCGUUCAAAGUUAAUAAUGGUGCGAAAGGAGAAACUAUUAAUAUACACAGUGGCGUUAACGAAAUAUUUCAAGUAUUUGACACAAUUGGAUUGGGAGAAUCAUCAUCUGGUAGUGUUCCACAUAAGGAAGCCAUAAAAAGGAUAAGAGAUUAUUUUUCGAGAUGUCAGGUUCCACUUAAUUAUAUAUGUUACGUUAAAAAGCAAGACAGAUUUACCGAAGAAGACGCUAAAAUGUUCAAGAUAUUUAAAAAGAUUUUUAAAGGGGGAGAAGUAAAUUUUAACAUUAUUAUCACCCAUAGUAAACCGGAAUGGGUUGAGGAAAACUAUGAAACAAUAAAGGAAAAUUUCGGAAAUCAUCCAAUUAUUCCGGUCGAUUUUCCUUGGAAUAAUAAUGGUGAUUUCACUCAAACUGAAAAAAGGCAAAGAGAUCAAAGUUUGGAACGUUUAUUAGAUACAUUAUUGAGACCAGGAAACAAUGGUAUUAAAUUAGAAGUUCUCAGCUCAAGUCAAGCCUUCGAGACGAAUGUAUCAGAAAUUGUUAGCCUCGUGCCUAUUGUUGGUUCAGCAUAUCAAUUGAUCUCUUCUGGUGUUUAUUAUACGUUAGGAAAGCCAACCGUUGCAAAAGAACGAUUUAGAGAAGGGGCUGUUGGGGGCUAUGCAGAUGGAAUUUCCUUUAUAUCUUCGGGGCUUGGUAGCAGCGUAAUGAAAGUUCUUGCUAAAAAUGUAGGCAAGAGAAUUGCAUUAAAGAUAGUUAAUCAAGUGAAAGAAAAGAUUGAAAAAAGUGAAGAGAAGCUUUAUACUACUCUACCUCAUUUCGGCAAAUAAGUGAAGAGACAUUUGUAAAAAAAAAUAUAAAAAAAA